AGUGGUAGUAGAUCUGGGUUGAUCCUGGCUAGUUUAGAAGUGGUAGUAGAUGGGGGUCGAUGCUGGCUAGUUUUGAAGUGGUAGUAGAUCUGGGUCGAUGCUGGCUAGUUUAGAAGUGGGAGUAGAUCUGGGUCGAUGCUGGCUAGUUUAGAAGUGGGAGUAGAUCUGGGUCGAUGCUGGCUAGUUUAGAAGUGGUAGUAGAUCUGGGUCGAUGCUGUCAUUGAUUGAUUAAGACAAGUCUCCGGCUUUUGGUCAUAUGUGGACCUAGGCUACUCAGAAUGUUCUGAUUGGGGCUAAUCAGAAUGUUCUGAUUGGGGAUAAUUAGAAUGUUCUGAUCGGGGCUAAUCAGAAUGUUCUGAUCGGGGCUAAUUAGACACUAAUUGUAGUCUAACCAAUAUCCAAACAGAGACACAAAUCUGACAUUGAUUGACUUAUCAAGUCCCCACGCUUGUCUCAAAUCAGCAUGAAACGGUGCUGAAAUAGUUGACCACACUUGUGGUCAGGUCCUGUAUUGAAGGUAGAAGGAUAAAGGUGUAUUACAGUCCAUCUCUCUCUCUCCUCUCCCCCCAGACUAAAUCAGGUCCUGUAUUGAAGGUAGAAGGAGAGGACAAUGCCAGGAUGAAUCCCUGCUGUUAUAACUGCUCUGUCAGGGGACACUUUGGAUUUGACUGCUCAGUGAAGAGGAUGUUUGGGGGUUUUCGUCCCAACUCCUCCUUCAUCAACCACUAUGACGCCUCCUGGGAGCUGCACAGCCGAGACCGACGGGCACAGUCCAGAGUUAAAGAGUUGAAGGAAGCGGGUCUGUUUCAGUGUCAGCUCUCACCGGACGGUGGCGCCAGAGACGAGCCGCCGGCCAAACGCCAGAGAACCAACUCUAACCGUGUCUCCAGUCCGUACCAGAACUACCCCGCUGAACCUUCCCAUCUCCCUCCCUGCCUCGGGGCUUCCUCUAACCGUACCCAUUUCAGGUUCGUCCGCGGCCAAGUGAAACCCUGGACUCCUAAACACAAGCUAAAGGAUCAUCUCACUCCAGCUUCAGCCAGGCCCAAAUCCAACAUGGCUGACAGGAGCCAGCCGGAGAGUGAGAAAAGGCAGAAGAAGAAACAACUGAAACCGGCCAAAAACAAAAUGGUCGCCGCCAGACGAGACCCCCCCUCCCACGCCCCCGACCGUCUGUUUGGCGCAGCGAAGAAGAAGAAGAAGAGGGAUAACGGGAGGGACAGGAAGGCUGCUAAGGAGGAGAAGAUGGACGCCAUGGACGAAAACCUGUUCCUCAUCAAACAGAGGAAACCUAGGAGAUAA